AUGCUGCGCUACGUUGAGUUGCCUGGGGCGCGUGCCUUCCGCGCCGUGGGACUGACGCCUAACAUAAUCACCGUCCUCGGAUUUGCGGUGUGCGUCGCAGGAGCCGCGCUGGUGGCUUUGGGUUGGCCUUUGUACGGCGGCAUCGUUUUCCUGGCCGGGGGCAUCCUGGACCUUUUUGACGGAGCGCUGGCCCGGCUGACUGGCCGGGCAUCGCCGUUCGGAGCCUUGCUCGACUCCGUUUUCGACCGGCUGGGCGAGGCCGCCCUGUUUGUCGGGUUGGGACUGUAUUACUUGCUCGCUGAUUUGUCUCCGCCCAUGAUGAUAAUUAGCAUGCUGUCGGUCUUGUUGGGCCUGGUGUUCUCCCAGGGCGUCUCCUAUCUUCGGGCACGCGGUGAGGGUCUGGGAGCGUUCACCCGUUCGGGCAUCAUGACCCGGACCGAGCGCGUGGCCAUCCUGGGCGUCGGACUGAUCGUGGAAGGACUGCUCCCAGUCCCGAUCAUGGUAUGGGUCCUCUGGGUGAUCGCCGGCGUAUCGUGCUUCACUCUCUUCCAGCGCAUGUUCACCAUCCGGGGGAUCCUGGAGCGCCAGGCGGAGGACAACGGUUAG